AUGACCCGGACUCCCGAAAAUACCCUCAUCUCUCACCCAGAAAACCUUCCCCUUAAUCCUAACGUGAUUCGACGGCGAAAAUGGAGGGAGCCAACGCCGACAUCUCCCAUCCAAUCACGUGAGCCUACUUCUUCAGACGUCGCCCUCUUCGUCCCGUCGGGGUUCGCACGUGCCGAUGUCACCACGGACAUGGUCCUCCCCAGCUCCAACAUAGUUAUCGGCCCCUACGCCGGCGAUGCCAAGAUCAAGCAGGUCGAGUUCAUCAAACUCCAUCGCCCUCGCAUUUCUCUUGAAUUUGCUCUUACUUCGAAAAAACCAGGGAACACACAACUUAUUAAUCACUUCUUGGUGAAUAAAAGUUGGUACAUUGUGGAUUUGUUGGAAUAUAGAUAUCAGAAUGGAUGA